AAGAAAGACGAAGGAAGAAGGAAGAAGGAAGAAAGAAGAAGGAAGAAGGAAGAAGGAAGAAGGAAUAAGGAAGAAGGAAGAAGGAAGAAGGAAGAAGGAAGAAGGAAGAAGGAAGAAGGAAGAAGGAAGAAGGAAGAAGGCAGAAGAAAGAAGAAAGAAGAAAGAAGGAAAAAGGAAGAAGGAAGAAGGAAGAAGGAAGAAGGAAGAAGGAAGAAGGAAGAAGGAAGAAGGAAGAAGGAAGAAGGAAGAAGGAAGAAGAAAGAAGAAAGAAGAAGGAAGAAGGAAGAAGGAAGAAGGAAGAAGAAAGAAGGAAGAAGGAAAAAGGAAGAAAGAGAAGAAGGAAGAAGGAAGAAGGAAGAAGGAAGAAGGAAGAAGGAAGAAGGAAGAAGGAAUAAGGAAGAAGGAAGAAGGAAGAAGGAAGAAGGAAGAAGGAAGAAGGAAGAAGGAAGAAGGAAGAAGGAAGAAGGAAGAAGGAAGAAGGAAGAAGAAAGAAGAAAGAAGGAAGAAGGAAGAAGGAAGAAGGAAGAAGAAAGAAGAAAGAAGAAAGAAGGAAGAAGGAAGAAGGAAGAAGGAAGAAGGAAGAAGGAAGAAGAAGGAAGAAGGAAGAAGGAAGAAGGAAGAAAGAAGAAGGAAGAAGGAAGAAGGAAGAAGGAAGAAGGAAGAAGGAAGAAGAAGAAAGAAGAAAGAAGGAAGAAGGAAGAAGGAAGAAGGAAGAAGGAAGAAGAAGGAAGAAGGAAGAAGGAAGAAGGAAGAAGGAAGAAGGAAGAAGGAAGAAGGAAGAAGGAAGAAGGAAGAAGGAAGAAGGAAGAAGGAAGAAGGAAGAAGGAAGAAGGAAGAAGAAAGAAGAAAGAAGAAAGAAGGAAGAAGGAAAAAGGAAGAAGGAAGAAGGAAGAAGGAAGAAGGAAGAAGGAAGAAGGAAGAAGGAAGAAGGAAGAAGAAAGAAGAAAGAAGAAAGAAGGAAGAAGGAAGAAAGAAGAAGGAAGAAGGAAGAAGGAAGAAGGAAAAAGGAAGAAGGAAGAAAGACGAAGGCAGAAGGAAGAAGGAAGAAGGAAGAAGGAAGAAGGAAGAAGGAAGAAGGAAGAAGGAAGAAGGAAGAAGGAAGAAGGAAGAAGGAAGAAGGAAGAAGGAAGAAGGAAGAAGGAAGAAGGAAGAAGGAAGAAGAAAGAAGAAAGAAGAAAGAAGGAAGAAGGAAGAAGGAAGAAGGAAGAAGGAAGAAGGAAGAAGGAAGAAGGAAGAAGGAAGAAGGAAGAAGGAAGAAGAAAGAAGAAAGAAAGAAGAAGGAAGAAGGAAGAAGGAAGAAAGAAAAAGGAAGAAGGAAGAAAGAAGAAGGAAGAAGGAAGAAGGAAUAAGGAAGAAGGAAGAAGGAAGAAGGAAGAAGGAAGAAGGAAGAAGAAGGAAGAAGGAAGAAGGAAGAAGAAAGAAGAAAGAAGAAAGAAGGAAGAAGGAAGAAGGAAGAAGGAAGAAGGAAGAAGGAAGAAGGAAGAAGGAAGAAGGAAGAAGGAAGAAGAAAGAAGAAAGAAGAAAGAAGAAAGAAGGAAGAAGGAAGAAGGAAGAAGGAAGAAGGAAGAAGGAAGAAGGAAGAAGGAAGAAGGAAGAAGGAAGAAGGAAGAAGAAGAAGAAAGAAGAAAGAAG